AUGACAAACGAAACGCUAGUGACGUUUCUGAAGUUUAAACUAAUUCCAUUGACACAUACAUCAAUGCCUUUUUACAAAAAGGGAAAAACAGAUCUUACUCAUUCACAAAAGUUGGAACUUCUUGCCCAGAGAAACGGACUGAAACAUGCGAUAUUCAGUGAUGCAGGUGACAAAUAUGUGGGUGAAUGGCGAAACAACAAAAAAAGUGGAAAAGGAGUAUUAAUUUCAAACAAUAAUGAAGUAAUAUAUGAAGGAGACUUCAGAAACAACUAUCCACACGGAUAUGGUGUUGCGGCUCAUAAGAUACCCAAUACGAAUGUAUUCGAGACUAAAUACAGAGGAUUUUGGAAAUGUGGCAAACAGGAUGCAACUGGUGUCAGGGUCUACGUAAAUGGAGGUUUUUAUAUUGGAAACUGGAAAGAAGGCUUGAGAGAUGGAUACGGACAAAUGUGGUAUACAGAUGGCUCCUACUUUGAGGGACAAUGGAGCAAAGGCGUCAGACAAGGGCUGGGAGUUCUUGUAUACGAGAAUGGAAAUAAAUACGAUGGAUCCUGGAAAAACAGUGAAAAACACGGCAGAGGCAUAAUGUAUUUUCUGACUGCGGGACAAGUACAGCAUGGAAUAUGGAGGAACAACAUAUGCGUUUUUAGCACAAUAUCAAUGCUUCCCUUCCGACAAACUGCUAUCAACCCAUCAAAAUUCCCCAUUCCCCCUAACUACUUGGUGAAUAUGGACGAAGUAUGUAGGAAACUGGAAGAAAAGGCUCUCAAGGGGGAACACGAAGAAUGUCUAAACCCAGAGGAGGAAGAUAGUGUUAGUGAAUCAUCCAUUACCAAAAAAUCAACUUAAUAAAAUAUAUAUUUAUUCAUAUAUCAAUAGAACAGUAGAUAAUAAAAAUGUAGUACCAAUCUAAUGGAAAUCACAGUUCAAUAUUAAAGUUCAGUAUGAACUAACUCUUAGUAUGCAAAUAAAAGUAAUGGAAAAUUGUG